UGUACGACGCGUAUUCAAAGAGAGUGCAGACGUUUCACGCUUUCACAAACUCUCUACAAGCAGCGGAGACCCGCCAGAUCUAUCGAAGGCUGGAAUCGAAAAGGCGCCUCUAAAAGUUCAACGCGGGCCGGAACGCUACCGAACCGAGCCUGAAGAGCGCUCUUUCCCGCCAAAUAUAAGGCGGGCUGAGGUUUUCAGUCCGCCGCGACUCUCUCCAAUCCAGUCUUCUUCAACCCGCGGAGAUGAGAACGGGCGUGACGCGCGCCAGAGACGAUUGCGCUCCAAGGGCCGCGCCAGGCGCCUCCCAUAAGCGGCGAGGCGGGUGGAGGGCGCCUGCCGAGAGCGCGCUUCAACCGGGAGGGGGAUACGCCUCCUUUCCCCGAACUCUUCGCCGGGGUGUUCACCGCCGGCGAUGUUCACCAGGGCGGUGAGCAGACUCAGCAGAAAGCGGCCUCCGUCAGAAAUAACUGACAAUGACAGCAAGCCAGGUAGUAGCCAUCAGACCCUCAGUGGAACCACAAGAUGGGCUCAGUCACUGGAAAGUUUGCUGGAAGAUCGAGAAGGUGUAAAGAAAUUUAUGGACUUUUUAAAGAGAGAAUUUAGUGAAGAAAAUGUUUUAUUCUGGCAAGCUUGCGAAGAGUUUAAGAAGAUACAAGAUGAAAAACAGAUGAAAGCAAAGGCAAAUGAAAUUUACAAGCAUUUCUUGUCAAAUAAAGCUUCUUAUCAAGUCAAUGUAGAAGGACAAUCGCGUUUGGAUGAAUCAAUACUGGAAAAACCUCACCCUCUGAUGUUUCAGAAACUUCAAGAUCAGAUUUUCAACCUCAUGAAAUAUGACAGCUACAACCGCUUCUUGAAAUCAGAUAUGUUUCUUAAAUUGAAGGAAACUGAAGAGCAGGAAGAAAAUUCACCUGAUCCUCAGACUGCAGCAAAACGAGCUUCUAUAAUUUAUAAUACAUGAUUGUAUCCACAUAUUUGAAUACAAUCCAGAUAACAGCAAUACAUAGAUCAUAUUGAGACUACAAUCAAAGUAAAUCAGUACUCAGGAAUAAUCUUUGUGGCUAACACAGAUGCAUUUAGAAGCUUGAAUAGUAUAGAAUCCUAUUAGAUUAAACUUACCUUUGGUUGCUUCAGUGACUUGUUUCUUGCCAGUGCUUGCUUUUAGAUACAAUGAUCAAGGAUAUGACAGCCCUUGAAAGACUGAACAAUUUGUUAGUUCUUGCAAAUUGCCUCUAAUUUUUUUAAAGAAUACUUGUAAAUCAUUUGGUAGGGGUGGGUGACAAAUGUAGAAUUAAAAAGUAAAGCAAGUUUGAAAGUAGAGAUAAUAAAAGGCAAAGAUUUCCUCUGUCCACUCGUGUCUGACUCUAGCGGGCAGUACUCAUCUCUGUUUCUUAGCCAAAGGAGUCAGUGUUGUCUGAAGAUAUUCCCAUGGUCAUGUGGUCAGCAUGACUAUAUGCCAAGGCGCAUGGAAUACUGUUCCCUCCCUACUAAAGUAGUACCUAUUUAUCUACUUGCAUCUGCAUUCUUUACAAGUGCUGUGUGGGGCAGGUAAAGGGAGUUCACCCUGUUGUGCAGCGCUCGGGUCUUGAAACUGGGCCAUCAGCUUUCCAGCUGACAUGCUCAAUGUCUUUAACCACUGAUCCAUCGCGCCCCAGACUUUGAAACACUCAUAAAGUUUUGUCUAACAGAGACUUUCCGAAAACAUCUUGUUUUAACUGCUGUGUGAAUUGAAUUAAUCAUAUUACUUUAUGUACCCAAUCCAUUGAUAGAUCAGAUCAAGAUACUUUACAGUAGCUAUUUGGCUAGGACUUUUGUCUUCAAAAAGUGCUUCCUGGACUUUUUAUAGUGUGUUUUUCCAUUUAAAAUUAAGGGAUCUAUUUUCAAUUGCUGCAAAAUUACCUUAUAAUACCUACAUCUUUAAAUACCUAUAUCUUUAAAAAAAAUCUCAGUAAUAAAACAAUAUGGACAACUCUCAUAACAAUUCAACACUGAGAUUAUGCUACAGAGGCAUUUUUGUCUUGGCUGUCUUGAAAAUAAUUUUUUGCAGGAAUUAUGAAUAUGGAAAUACACUAGUAGAAGUACAAAAUUAAUGGAAAUAUGUGGACUGUGUAUGAGGUUAAAGAGUAGUUUAUGGCAAGAAAGAAAUGUCAAAACAUUUAGAAAGAAAUUGUGCUUCAUUUUGCUGUUUUUUUAAAUCACAUUUCAAAUAUUGAUAAUGCCAAUGAAAUUAUAUACGUUAGUAUGUGUGAUAGUAUUUUAUACUUGAUUAUGCUUGGGGCAUUCCUUCUCCAUGCUUGAGACUGAAGCAUAGUUUAUUAAUGUUUUGUCAUCUAUAGAAAAUUGAAGUACAAAAAUAAUAAUGAUAAUAAUAUGAUUACAAACCUCAACCAAAAGCCUCACUGUUUUUCAGCUGUAAUAGCUGGGGCAAAGAAUCUAUUUUAGUUUAAUUAUUUUUGUUUUAAUAUUAAUUUCACAAAAGAUAAUUGCAAUGCUGUUAAACAUGAAACGAAUUGGGUUGCACGCUUCAUUUACAAGUUCUGCAUGUGAAAUGUAAUUCUGGCUCACAAACUAUUUGCUUUUUUAUCUUUGUAUGGACUACUUUAUUGUUCAAUUUAACUCUUUAAAUAUUUGUAAGUUUUGUUUAUUUGGGCAAGUAGCACACACACUUAAUUUUUCUUUCUAGCUUUCUUCUCUAGAAGUCUUAGUCAUAAUGUAAUAUAUUAGAAAGAGAUAAGAUGCUUGGGUCAGAUUUCAGAACUGACUAUAUAUACAAUAAAUGAUAGCAGCUGUAUUCUGCUUUCAUCUUAACAUAGAGAAUUGUGGUUGAACCAGCAAUGAGUUGCUGGCUUAUUUGAUUCUCCCUGAAAUCACAGUAUAACCAAGAGUAGCAUUUGUAGAUAUAGGCAGUAAUCUCCUGUAAAUUCAAUUAAAAAAUGUCAACAAUUUCUUCGCCACAGACAUGUCCUGAAUGCCUUAUUAAUUUAAUUGCCUUUCUCUUAUAUUAAAGGCCAAAGUGAUUAGGAGAAAACUUCUGUAGAUUAUAUAUAUUUUACAAAGGUAAUCAUGUCUGCAGAAGAUACGGGUUUUCAAGGAUGAUUCAGGAAAGGGGAAAAAUGCCAUUGUUUUUUCUAUUUCCAUGAACUGCAUUGAGACUAGUUUUACUGUUCAUGAUAAGCUAUUGUUUGUUUAUUUUAAUCAUCUUUAAUAUAUUUAAAUGAUAGGAUAUAUACACUAUACUAAACUAUAAAAGUUGGAUUCACACAGUCACUGUAUGCCAAAAACAAAUAUUAAUAUCAAAUGGUAUGCUGUGUGAACCAUCCUAGAAGGAAGGAAAAAAUACCCUGGAUAAGUAUUAGGCUGAAGCUAACAAAGGUUGGAAGCAAGAGCCUGACAUAAGUUAGGAUCACUAUAAGAUUGCAGGUAUCUUUAACAUCCAAAGCUUAAUAAGUGAAUGGCAAAAAAUGUGUUACCAUGUAAGGUAAGAGAGGUUUAGGAUUUAAACCUUAUUUCUAUUUCCUUGCUGUGGAUUUUUAAAAAUUGAGUAGCCUAAUUUUUUAAUACUUCAAAGUUCUGCUUACCUUCGGACCCAUAGUGCACUAACUAUUAAAUAUGACAGUUAUAUUAGAUUGUUAUACCCUGCAAGUGCUGAUAAUCUUCAGAAACAGAGCUUCUUUGAUACUUGUUUUAAAGUUAGCUUCCCUUUCUGAGCUGUAAGAUCCUAAGUGAGGCUUAAAAUUGAGAGAUUUAUUUCAAUAUUCAAAGUGAAUCUUUGACAGCAAGAUCACUUAUUCCUUGUCCCAACUCUAUGGGAGGAUAAAAGGUACUCAUGAGUUAAGGAGAAAACUAUGGCUACCAACCUUCCUACAAACUGGUGCUUAUCUGACAAUUUUGUCUUGGUUAUUUAUAUUGAUGGAAGAAAUAAUGAAUGAAACUGAGAAAUACCAUAUGUUAAUUUGAAGCGUGCAUGGACAGAGAUCUAAUGGGAGUUUGCUAGUAGAUUUUAAGAGGGGUACCUUACCAAUUUUCUUUUAAGUCAACAGUAUAUGCCUACCAUUAGUCUAAAAAAGCAGUAAGAGGAUAUUUUGUGUCUUUAUACUAGCUAUUUCUAAGUGUCAGCCUUUUGAGGUAGUUUAGUCAAGAAGUAGAGACAAUAACUAUUAACACUACUUUAUGAUAAGUUUAGGGUCACAAAAUGUCACGAGUCUGAAAAUACAUAUGGAUUGUCUUUACAAUCCAAGAAACUAGAAAGGGUUUUUGAGCUGGCACCCUCCCAUCUGUGGACUCAGUUGCUUCUUAUCAGACUCUUGCCUAGUUCAUGGUGCCUCUUCCUCUUGUCUGUCAAGGACAUUCUAACAGAUAAUUACAUUAAGUUGUUUGUGAUACGUUUUUGUGUAUCCAGCCUAAGAACAACUGGCACAUAUUUGCAUCUUAUGGUAGUCUUUAAAGGAGAGAACAGCAAGAUUCCAUAGUUUAGUGAGCAAGAGAAGAUAAACUUUUUAUCAAUUGAAAUAGCUGUACUACAACAGCAACAGAUCAGGAAAUAAUUUUCCUGAAAGAAGACAACCAAGGAACAAAUACAGAAUAAUAACCAGAAGAAAGAGACAAAAGAUAUUCUAAACUAUUGGAGCUGCUCGGAUGGAUAUAAGCAAACAAUACAAGACACUAUAAAAUACACAAGAGCAGAUAAUGCAACUGUGUCCCACAAGAAGUCAUAGACUUAAGAAAUGAUACUUUAUAAUGAAGAAUCAUAACAAAUAUGUGCUGACUAAACCUACCACCAUGUAAAAUAAGCUGUAUUUCAGGAUAAAGGAAAUGACAAUUUGCGAGAUUGAUUAAGCUGAAAAUUAGCUGUUCUUGCUAAUGAACAAAUUAUGCUGUAAAACUAACACCUACAGUUAUACCACUACAGAGUUUGAGGAACUAAGACAGAACCUCAAGAAUUCUCAACCACUGUUCUUGUCUAUUAGAAACAACCAAAAGGGGGAAAAAUAAUGUAAAUUAAUGAAGGACCUCAAAUAAUGUACAAAAGACCUGUGAGGCCAAGUAUUGUAUCCUUCAGUUUCUAUACUCCAGUUUGUUCAAAAGGAAUAGACGCAAUAAAAAAAGAGUUUGCAUGGUAUAAUAAAAUAUCUCUUGUUGCUGAGAAAUUCAAAAUUUUGGCAGAGGUAUGGAAAAUUUUAAAUAAGUGGAGAAACAAAAACAGAUUUUUUUUCAGAAAAUUCUUGAUGUCUUCUGGACAAGUUUCUUCAGAGGAUUGAAUGGCACAAGAGAAUUGACCAUCUUGUCCAAGUGCUAAUCAAUGGGAAGGACUUAGUUGAGGAACUAGAAAUAAUAAAAAUUUUAGUGGUUAUGCAGUGUUUCUUUUUUGAUUCUAAGGGAACUGAGUUUAGCUGACUGCUUACUAGAACAUUUGAUAAACUCAGAAACUGCAAAUUAAAAUUCUGUGGCAGGAGAAGCUUAACCAAAAAAAUGAAGAUGGAUGGAAGUUUUUAAAAUGGAAGUACUGAAAUCACAAUUUAAACAAUUCUAAUAAGGCACAGACGCCAAUACAGUUCAAAAAGCUUAACAAAGAUCAGAGAACAAAAAAAAAAUCAUGUCAGAAAUAGAAACAAGGAAAGCAAAUAUACUAGUGCUUCAUAUCUGGGCUCCAUACUACAUUCAUGCCUCCAUGAUCAGCAUUGGAUAUUUGUGCCUAAAAGCAAGCUGGUUGAAUUAUCUGUUUUGUCUUGCGCUGGAUAGGCUAUUCUUGUUCAAAAAAUUAAAAAUUAAUAUAGACCUGGAUGCAAAAUGUGGGGAUAGAGACAUUUAGACAGAAUAUGUAGGUGCAGAUCCCUAUGAAUUAACAUGUAACAGCUGGGUACUACAGAUUGAGAUUUGACGCUAAGCAUCUAGGUUUUGGACAAAUGCAAGUACAUCAGUGGAAGAUUUAGUAGCUAAACUACUCAAAUGACUCAGAUGACUUCUUAGAAGUGAAUAGGUAUUUCUUGCCUUCUUGAAUCUAAUGCCUACCAGAUUUUCAUCCUACACAUUUUGGAAACCAUAAUCCUACUACAUUUGCAGGAAGUCAGAUUGGGAUAAAUUGAUCUAAGGACUGUUUAUGCCUCCAUUUAAUUAAAGUCCUAUAUUCUAGGCAAUAUGUUUCUUAAAAAAUGUAUGUGACAGACAAUAGGAGGUACUAUGUAUAUCAAUUUGAAAUAUUUUGCAAAUAUUGGAAACAUUUGGACAUAAAUAUUUAUUAUUGGUGUAAUCCAACUUAACAGUUUUGAUUUGAAUAUUUCAAUGCUAGUUGUAUCUACCAUAUUUAAUUUCUUUUUAGCCAGUUAAAUAAUGUAUAUGAUAUAUUCAUGAAUGCCUACUGAAAUAUUCAUGUUUUGAUAAUCUGAACAUCUUAAAUUUGUGCACUUUGUACAGGUAGUCCUUGAUUUACGAUCCCAGUUGAGCCUAUAAUUUCUGUUGCUAAGUGAGACUUAUUUUCUUGUUAAAUGAGUUUUGCUCCAUUUUAUAACCAUUCUUGCCAUAGUUAAGUGAAUCCCUGCAGGUGUUAAGUUAGUAACAUGGUUGCAAAAUGAAUCUGGCUUCCCUAUUGACUUUGCUUAUCAGAAGGUUACAAAAGUUGAUUGACACUGCAACUGUCAUAAAUUGGAGCCAGUUGUCAAAUUUCCAAACUCUGAAUAUGUGGUCAAAAGGAUGCUACAAUGGCUUAUGACAAUGGUCAUAUGUCCCUUUUUUUUUAGUGCUGUUGUAACUUUGAACAGUCACUAAACAAAUGGUUGUAAGUCGAUGACUACCUUUCCUACUACGUGGAAAGUAAUGUGAUAAUCUGUUCUUUAAAUUGCAAGAUUCAUUUUGUCUUCCCUAUUCAAAUCUAAAAUGAUGGAGAAUCACAUUCACAUUAAUUAAUAAAUAUGUAGUAGCAUGGCUGUCAAUUAAGAUGUGUUGUGUCAAAUUAAUCAGAUAUUUUAGUUGAUUAAACUAUCAAUGAAUCAGAAUGACAAGGUUACAAUUACUUCAGUGAUUGUAUUUGUAUAAAUUUAAAGCUGAAACCUAAACCAUAAUUAGUAAAAAAUAAAUCAUAAUUAAUAAUACACAUAGAAAUGCUUUGCCAAAUUGAGCAGCAUCUUCUAUUGAUUAUGUAAAGAAUUAAAAGCACUUCAGCAUUAACAGGUGAAACUGAGUUUAUGAUUUGCAUUUUUUCACUUUGCACUCACACAACUUUAAGACUGUUUUGGGAAGCUCAAAAAGUUGAGGUUGAAGUAAAUGGCAAGAAGCUACAUUAACAGACAUUAAAUAUAAGAAAACAUUCAGAUUUGCCUCCAUUGUUCAUGUCUUUGAGAGCAGCUUAUAUUGAAGUUUAAUCACUAUUGUCUUUUAUUAACGCAGAGGCCAGUAGUAAGGGAAGCUAAAUUCCCUGUGUGUCAAGAAGUUACAGUAAAUAGUUUCUUCAUGUAAACAUAUGUUGGUAUAUCAUCAAUAAUAAAAUUACAACUUUCCUAUUAAAAAUAGGACGUUUAAUAAAAAGGUGGCAACCAACAAUUAUAAAUUAUUAUAAAAGGAAUAACAAAUCACAUCUCUAGAGAACCAGAAUUAUUUUCAGUAGUUAUAAAUAGGUAAAUCUGGUAAAUCAAUGUUUUCCUCAGUUCAAAAAAUGCUUAACCUCGAAGGUAGGUUGAAAUUUUUUCCCCAAAAAAUAAGACAUUUAUUAAGAAAAAAUAGAUGAGUGAUGAACCAGGUUUUGAAGUCCCAGUUUCUGGAAAGGGUUGCUGCACAUCAGUUUCCUAUGUCCAAGCAGCCUGCAAAGAUUCAAUAAGAAGUAAGGGAGUUAUAUGCUGAUGCAUUCCAUAUACAUUAUACUGGCUAUAGUCACCUCUAUGGGAAGAACAGCAUUCCCAAGGUCAUUUUUAUAUUCAUUUUAUAGGUGGAAAACUCUGUUUCCGAGGAAACAGCUAUUUCAAAUUCUUCAGUGAGCAAAACUGGCUUUUGGAUCUGGAGCUCAGUUUCUCCUUCAACUCAGCUAAUUUUCUUGCCAUUCCCUAUUCAUUUUUUCUUCUAUGUUCUGUCUCGGUUUGCAGAUAACAGUUUUGUUUUUAAAUGUAAACCCCUCUAGGAGAUUUCUAAAUUGGACUUGGAUAUACAUGCUGUAAAUAAUAAUGUUAAAAAGUACAAGUAAAUUGUAUAAUUGCAAAACACCACUUUGUUCAUUCUAGUAUCUCAAAGGAAGGUUCUUCAUCCACUAAUUUAUUUCCUAAAUAAAC